GGUUUCCCCGCCGGCCCCGGGCCCGGGAGCCCCCGCCGGGGCGCGCAGUCGGUGCGGAGCUCCGCGGAGCCAUGACCUCCCGCAGGUGGUUUCACCCCAACAUCAGCGGAAUCGAGGCAGAGAAGCUGCUCCUGACCAGGGGUGUCCAUGGCAGCUUUCUGGCUCGCCCCAGUAAGAGCAACCCAGGAGACUUCACUCUCUCGGUCAGAAGAAACGAUGAGGUGACACACAUUAAGAUCCAGAACACGGGGGAUUACUACGACCUGUACGGAGGCGAGAAGUUCGCCACCCUUGCCGAGCUGGUGCAGUACUACACUGAGCAGCAGGGGCUGCUGCGGGAGAAGAACAGCAAUGUCAUCGAGCUGAAGUACCCACUCAACUGCCAGGACCCCACCUCGGAGAGGUGGUACCAUGGGCACCUCACUGGCAAGGAGGCAGAGAAGCUGCUGACAGAGAAGGGGAAGCCAGGUAGCUUUCUGGUGCGGGAGAGCCAGAGCAAACCGGGAGACUUUGUCUUGUCGGUGCUGACAAAUGAGGAUAAGAUGGAGACUGGGGACCGCAAACCGCACGUGACCCACGUGAUGAUCCACUACCAGCCAGACGGGAAGUACGACGUGGGGGGAGGUGAGAGGUUCGACACGCUCACAGACCUGGUGGAGCACUAUAAGAAAAACCCCAUGGUGGAGAAAUCUGGAGCUGUGGUUCAUCUGAAGCAGCCGUUCAAUGCCACGCGCAUCAAUGCAGCUAACAUUGAAAACAGGGUGAAGGAGCUGAACAAAAUGGCAGAUCACAGCGAGAAGGCCAAGCAAGGGUUCUGGGAAGAGUUUGAGAUGCUGCAGCAGCAAGAGUGCAAGCUCCUCUACCCGAGGAAGGAGGGACAGAGACCGGAGAACAAGGCUAAGAAUCGCUACAAGAACAUCCUUCCCUUUGAUACCACACGGGUAGCACUCCAGGACGUAGAUGAGAGCGUGCCUGGCUCAGACUACAUCAAUGCCAACUAUAUCAAGAGCAUCCCUGAAGACGGAAGGAACUCGGAGCACUGCAAGAUCUAUAUAGCCACCCAGGGCUGCCUGCAGACCACGGUGAAUGACUUCUGGGCCAUGGUGUAUCAGGAGAACAGUCACGUCAUUGUCAUGACAACCAAGGAGGUGGAGCGGGGCAGGAACAAAUGCUUCCGUUACUGGCCAGACAAGAGUUGCGCCAAGGAAUACGGGUGCAUCUGUGUGCGCAACGUGAGCGAGCGUGAGGCCCAGGGCUACUACCUUCGGGAGCUGGAGAUCUUCCGGACUGACCGGGAUGAGCGCCCGAGGCUGGUGAAGCACUAUCAGUAUUUCAGUUGGCCAGACCACGGGGUGCCCAAUGAGCCAGGAGGGGUUCUGAGCUUUCUGGACCAAGUGAAUCGGGCACAGCGAAGCAUUCCAGGCACGGGGCCCAUCAUAGUGCACUGCAGUGCUGGAAUAGGACGCACAGGCACCAUCAUAGUGAUAGAUAUUCUGGUGGAUAUUAUUCACAGGCAAGGUUUGGACUGCGAUAUCGACAUCCCCAAAACUAUCCAGAUGGUACGCCGGCAGCGUUCGGGCAUGGUGCAGACAGAGGCCCAGUACAAGUUCGUUUACAUGGCUGUCCAGCAGUACAUCGAGGCUGAGCAGAAGAGGUUGGAAGAAGAACAGAGGAGUAAAAGGAAAGAGCGAGACUACUUGAAUAUCGGCUACUCUCCUAUGGAAAAAGGCAGAGCCAAAGGGCAGCCCCCUUCACCGCGGACCCAGUCUGUGGUUGAUGAUGAGUCAGCUUCCGUCUACGAGAACCUUAACAUCAAAAGCCCAAAGGUUUCAGGGAUGAGUAAUACAGGGCGAUAAAGGAGCCGGAGGUGAGCUGUAUGGAGGCUGUGCAGGGUUUACAGUGUUUACGUCCACCCCUUUUCCAAGUUCUGCAAUUGCGGACAAUUUUUUUUUUUUUUUUUUUUUUGCCCGUCUUGCCUUCCCCAAGCACCUUGGAUUCAGCGAGGAAGAAGCUGACUGUAAGAAACAAGCAGAGUCUGCGCCCAAGAACAUGCCUUGACCUAACUUAUUUCAUGAGAAGGAUCAUCUCCCAUUCGCCCCCCUAUCAGUAGGUUGAUAUUUAUGUGGAAGUGCCUCUGGACAUUCAUUAGGGAAUCAAGGCUCAGUUUUAAUUUUUUUUUUUUUUUAUUUAAGGUUCUUAUUUUUUACACACAAAUUGUUAAACAGAAUGGAAGUGACUAUUUGCUUAGGAGCUUUCCCAGGGUUGCCCGCUUAGGGCGUUAGUGAAAUGGUAGUACAAUUUAAUGUUUUCAUUAGGUCAAUCAUUUCGAAGCUUAGAAGUGUUUUUAGACUGAAUCCUGGAGUAACUUUGCUGCCUGCGAGGGUGAGAAGCAGAGAGCGAGCGCUGCCUGGGCCCAGGGAUCUGCAGCUCUGCUGGUUCUUCUUCUCACGCUUCCUUUAUGGCUUGUACCAGUCCUAGAUUUCUCUGCAACCCUGCCGAAGCAGACCGAGCAAUCGCUGCUGCCGCAGCACAGCAGAUGCGUGCGUGUGUGUGUGUGUGUGUGUGUCCCUGAGAGCCUGCUAGCUGCUCCGCACCUGGGUUUCGUGGAAUUGAGACAGGGGUGAGCACCUCCAUCUUUGACCCGGUGGGUCUGGAUGUCGAGCUAUGUGAAAUCCCACCUCGCUGAUGGGUGCUGAGGAGUAGGAGAGCAGCUUUGGCUGUGCGCUGGGCUUUCAGCCGCCCGCAGCGAGUCCCAGCCGAGGAUACUAAUCUGAGCUGAACUUUUUGAGCCGGGCCCCCUCUAAGCUUGAUGCAGCUCUGCCGUUACCUUGCUGCGUGACCUCUUUAUUUUUUUUUCUCCCCUGCAACUAUACGACAAGGCAAGUGUUGUGCCUGCUGAGUAGGAGUGUUGUAGGAGUGUUUGUGACUUGACCAGUGCCACGAAGAUGAGUGUGUUGUUGCGUGGAGCGUCCCAGCUCUGUUGAUGAGUCUCAACUUGUGACUGCCAGUGCUUCCUGCUGUUCCAGCCUUAAGACCUGCAAAUAAUCCUGCCAAAGAACCCCUUCCUGCAGGAGUCGUCAGUCUCUAAAAGUGUGCUCUGUGGGGAGCCUUGGGUCGGAGUGCCAGUGCCUGAACCUCCAGAGCAUGCGUGGGGCUGAUGCCGAGGUCCUCCUGGGUCUCUGGGACUGGACGGACUUGCCGCAUGGCUGAUGCUGAGGUCCUCCUGCAUCUCUGGGACUGGAUGGACUUGCCGCAUGGCUGAUGCCGAGGUCCUCCUGGGUCUCUGGGACUGGACGGACUUGCUGCAUGGUUGGGGUGUUAGUGCCUGGAGCACCAGCUCCAAGCAUUGAGCAGAAGGGGUUGAACAAAAGCACAAUGACAUACCUUGGCUGUAUUUCCUGGCUGGUCUUUCUGGUCCCUUGUCACAGGGACAGGAGAACUGUUUAUUUUUAUUGCACUUUUAAUAAAUGUUGAAU